CCUUCUUCAUUCGUCGCAGGCAGGUCACUAAUUUACGUGAGACGCCGCGCCGACCUGGCCGCCGCGCCUCUCCGUGUGUGUCCAUCUAUAUAAACCCCCGGUCCGUGCCGUGAUCCCGGCCGGCCAUUCUCCGUUCCCCCUCGACUUCCCAUCUCAGCCUGCGUUCUCGCCUCCGAGCCGUCUAGAUUCAGGCGACCGCGAGAGCAGCUUGCGACCAUGGCCGCGGGGAGAAGCGGCGGCGGCAGCAGCAUGGCGCUGGCGCUCCUCGUCCUCGCCGCCUCCGCGGCGUCCCUGCUCCCGGCGGCGUCUCUCUCCGUGACCUCGCCCUACGUGCGCCCGCCGCCGAGGCCGGAUGUGCUGGCGUCGCUGCUCCAGGACGACGACGACGACGGCCAGACGCCGCAGCAGGUGCACAUAUCAAUGGUUGGGCCUGACAAGAUGAGGGUGACAUGGAUCACCGACGACGAAGCGCCGGCUAUCGUUGAGUAUGGCACGACGCCAGGGCAGUACACGCUGUCCGCAACCGGAAGCACGACGACCUACUCCUACGUCCUCUACAAAUCCGGCAACAUCCACGACGCCGUCAUCGGCCCACUGCAGCCUAACACGACCUACUACUACCGGUGCAGCUCCAACCCAAAGCGCGACUUCUCCUUCCGGACGCCGCCGGCCACCCUCCCCUUCAAGUUCGUCAUCGUCGGCGACUUUGGGCAAACCGGAUGGACGGAGUCGACGCUGAAGCACAUCGCGGGCGCCGACUACGACAUGCUCCUCCUCCCCGGCGACCUCUCGUACGCCGACUUCAUCCAGUCGAGGUGGGACUCGUACGGACGCCUGGUGGAGCCGCUGGCGAGCGCGCGGCCGUGGAUGGUGACCGAGGGCAACCACGAGAUCGAGAAGCUCCCCCUCGUGGAGCCCAAGCCCUUCAAGGCCUACAACGCGCGGUGGCGCAUGCCGUACGACGCCGGCGCCUCGCCGUCGGGGGACAACCUCUACUACUCCCUCGACGUCGCCGGCGGCGCCGUGCACGUCCUCAUGCUCGGCUCCUACACCGACUACGACGCCGGCAGCGCGCAGCACCGGUGGCUCCGGCGCGACCUGGCGGCGGUCGACCGCCGCCGGACGGCGUUCGUGGUGGCGCUGGUGCACGCGCCGUGGUACAACAGCAACCGGGCGCACCAGGGGGAGGGCGACGCCAUGCGCGAUGCCAUGGAGGCGCUGCUCUACGGCGCACGCGUCGACGCCGUGUUCGCGGGCCACGUGCACGCCUACGAGAGGUUCGCGCGCGUGUACGCCGGCAAGGAGGACCCCUGCGCGCCGGUGUACGUCACCGUCGGCGACGGCGGCAACCGGGAGGGGCUCGCGGACAAGUACAUCGACCCGCAGCCGGCCAUCUCGGCGUUCCGGGAGGCGAGCUUCGGCCACGGCCGCCUCGAGGUGGUCAACGCCACGCACGCGCUCUGGACGUGGCACCGCAACGACGACGACGUGCAGGUGGUCGCGGACCAGGUGUGGAUCACCAGCCUUGCGGCCAACCCGGCUUGCCACAGAAGCAAGGCCGGCAAGAUGUGAACAGAAGCACAAGGGGAAACUUGGCGUGACUUCAAAUUAACUUAAAUUUAUAGAUAUAUGUUGCUCUCUGAGACAAAUUUUCAUAAAUUGAUUGGUGUGCCAUUUUAUUUUAUUUUAUUUUUUAAAGUAGGCCAGUGUCAUGUAAAUAAAUACCCGUACUUUCAUCGAUUGUUGGGCCUUGUACUAUUAAUAUGCCUCCUGAGUUUGAAAUUGGGCCAGGAGCCCAACUGUUUGUUGGGCAUCCAACGAAAUAGAAUUCAUAGAAGUGCGGCCCAAA